AUGAAACCCCAAACCCUCGCCCUACCUUUCCUCCUCACUCCAUCUCACGUCCUCGCGCAAUCAUACCCAGAAUGCACGCGCGAACUCGCUCAAACAGACGCUUGUCUCGCCGUCAUUAACGCGAACGCCUGUUAUAACCAGUUCAAAUUCAACAACGCGCAAGCCCUCCAAUGCGUCGACGCCGCAAACGACACCGAGAGGAAGAAAAAAGUUGAGUCGCUUCUUUUUCUUCUUCUUACUUUUUCUGUUCUUUGA